UUAUGAAGUGGGGGGGGGGAGGCGACGGAGGUAGAUGAACUUUACAUUGGGGAUGUGGGAGUGAGGGCGGGGGCAAGUCCGGGUGCGUGAGAAGGAGUCCUGCCUGCCUGCCUGCCUGGAGAACUGGCCAGUUGGUCAGGUUUCUUGGAGACCCCCCAACUUCCUCCGAAGUGAAAAGAAGCCGACCUCUUUAAUUUUCCAUCCUCAUUUUCGGAAAAGAUCGGAAGACUGGAUUUGUGAGCUAUUCUUUCAGCCAGGAUUGGGGGUGGCUCCCCCCCCCCGUGAGCGCCUGCCAUAAAAGAACUGUGUGGAAGGCUUUUUGAAUGGAAGGGAAGGUUACAUGGAUUCAUUAAAAAAAAAAAAAAUCCUGACCCUUCCCCGUGGGAAGUAGCCAGCCUUCUUUCCCUUUCCGUGAAGGAUUAGCAAAAAAAAACAAAACACCACUCUUGGGAAUUGAAUGAAGGUUUUUUUCCCCCCCCCUCCGAUUUGAGAGGCCCUCCUACUUGGAUGUGAAAAACUGAGAGACCUUCAGGACGCCUUCCAAAAUGCUGUCUCUUAAGGCUUAGUCUGCAAAAAAAAAAAAAAAAGAGAGAGAGAGAGAGACUCCCAGGCUGGUGUUCUUUUGCAGCAGAGAAGUGAUUUCAGGUGUUCUGCUCCGUAAAGAGGAAAUAGGAUUUUUUUCAUUGCCGACAGGUUCGUUCCUAGGUGGCAUCCGGGAUAUAAAAUGUACUAGAGGCCUAACCUUUGGAAUAAAAUCUGGCAUAGCUCGGCUGUAAGGCAGGGUUGACACCCUGCACAUCUUCAUAUUGCUUCCUUGUGCCCUUGCUGCUGCUUUAAUGUCUUCCGAAAUGUCGUCGGAGCUCAGGAGGCGAGGAGCUGGCGGAGAUCAUGAAACCGAAAACGUUGGUGACAAGGAUAUAGAUAAAAAUGAAAAAAUUGGUGAACUGGACCUCAGAAAUGUUUUAGAAGUUCCUGAAGUUGUUCCAGCAACAGACAGCACUCCAGAAAUUUUUAAAAAGGCUCUUUCUGGCUUAUCUUCCAGAUGGAAGAACUGGUGGAUUCGUGGAAUUUUAACUUUAGCAAUGAUUUCAGGUUUCUCCCUUAUUAUAUACAUGGGAUCAUUUAUGCUGAUGCUGCUUGUCUUAACCAUACAAGUCAAGUGCUUUCAUGAAAUCAUCACUAUAGGUUACAGAGUUUAUCGAUCUUAUGACUUACCAUGGUUUAGAACAUUAAGCUGGUAUUUCUUGUUAUGUGUGAACUAUUUCUUUUACGGUGAGACAGUAGCAGAUUACUUUGCUACUUUUGUUCAGAGACGAGAACAACUUCAAUUCCUAAUUCGCUACCACCGAUUUAUAUCUUUUACACUUUAUCUGGCAGGAUUUUGUAUGUUUGUGUUGAGUUUGGUGAAGAGACAUUAUCGCUUACAGUUUUAUAUGUUCGCAUGGACUCAUGUUACUUUGCUGAUCACUGUAACUCAGUCUCAUCUUGUCAUCCAAAAUCUCUUUGAAGGCAUGAUCUGGUUUCUUGUUCCAAUCUCAAGUGUCAUUUGCAAUGAUAUUGCUGCUUAUAUAUUUGGAUUCUUCUUUGGCAGAACACCAUUAAUUAAGCUCUCUCCCAAAAAGACCUGGGAAGGUUUCAUUGGUGGCUUCUUUAUCACAGUCAUAUUUGGAUUUAUUGUUGCGCAUCUUCUGGCACAAUACCAGUACUUCGUAUGUCCUGUGGAAUACAACAGCGAAACUAACAGGUUUGUCACAGAAUGUGAACCAUCAGAACUUUUCCAGCUAAAGAAGUACUCCUUACCACCAUUGCUUCAAGUUGUUCUGAGAAAGGAAACUGUGACGAUGUAUCCAUUCCAGAUGCACAGCUUUGCAUUAUCAACAUUUGCAUCUUUAAUUGGGCCAUUUGGAGGGUUUUUUGCUAGUGGAUUCAAAAGAGCUUUCAAAAUCAAGGAUUUUGCUGAUACUAUUCCUGGCCACGGCGGAAUAAUGGAUCGUUUCGAUUGUCAGUACUUGAUGGCUACUUUUGUACAUGUCUACAUUACCAGUUUCAUAAGAGGUCCGAAUCCCAGCAAAUUGCUGAACCAACUCUUGGUACUCCAGCCAGAGGAGCAAUUAAACAUUUAUAAAACUUUGAAAUCACACCUCAUUGAGAAAGGCCUCCUCCAGCCAUCCUUGGGGGAACAGGAGGACUGAAGGAUGGACUACCAAGGGAAGCCCAGCUGGGACUGCAGCUCUACUUCGGUGGAGAGAGGCGUGUGGGAAUCAAGCCAGCCUGUGUCCAAAGAUAUGACUGUUUACGGAGAAUACUGUGAACACCCGGGAUGCCAUGCAAGAUUUUAAGUUUCUUUUUAACCAACCGCAUGCUUUUGCAAUAAUUUAUAUUCUUGAAUUAAUGGAAUGAGACUUCUUGGCUUUGGUCUUAACUGUUCUGUUCUGAGCAACGAUGCACAUGCUCCUAGUAAAUAAAAGUUAAAGAAACAAUUAGGGUGUGCAAUUUAUAUAUAAAAAAACCAACCCUCAUUUAGUGCAAUGAUAUUCAUGACACCAGCUCAGUGAAUGGCAUUUUAUAGUACAGUGUUGGUAUCUCAAGUUAUUUGAUAAUAUAACUUAAGUAAUAACCGAAUGGCAGUAGGAGCUGUUUUGCUAUAUUGCUUCCUUUCUUCCCAUCCCUGCCAAAGCAGAGAAAUGGGCAAAUUUGAAUCUUUUUUGAGUUUCUCAGGUUGACUGUGUUCCAUAAUAAAGAAACAAAACCAAAACCCACUAGGUAUGUAUUGGGGAGAGAAGAGUCUAGGGCAGGGGUAGGCAACCUUGGCUCCUUUAUGACUCAUGGACUUCAACUCCCAGAAUUCCUGAGCCAGCAUGGCUCAGCUUGGAAACUCUCCCUUUCCCCUCAACAUGGCUGGCUCAGGAAUUCUGGGAGUUGAAGUCCACGAGUCAUAAAAGAACCGAGGUUGCCUACCCCUGGUCUAGUAUGAGCUUUUAGAGUAUCUUUUCUGUGGGAGUUCAAGUGAGGAUUGGAUACUCGUUAACUGGAUUAGGGGGCUCUAGUUACCUGAGAGGGGGGGGGGCAUUUUCCCAAGCAAUUUCCAUUCAGUGCUUUUAGGCUCCCAAGAAACAAUGCCUCAAAAUGUUCAGAUGAGCUAAGUUUAAUUGUUCUGUGUCUUUUACGGUAAGUGCAAUAGAAGGGCUCUUGGGCAAUUAGAAUGUUUUCAGGAAGUACCGAGGCUUGGUUCAGUGUGGUUUUCUACUUUUAUGGGAUGGUUUGUUUCCAUCAUCUUAACCUGGAAGGAGGACUUCAAGCACCUGCUCUAUCUGAAGGACAACACUGAAAUGUGCUCAAGUUUAUUCAAACUUUUCUUGAGCCUCGCAUAAACUGUCACAUUUUAAAGAGCUUAAUUUAUUUAGUUCUUCUGCAUGAUUUCUUUCAUCAUGUCGCAGUCCCAAAAACUUAUUUUUAAAUUCAAAUAACAGUAAGUGGGAAGCCAAAAACCAUGGUAAGAAUAUGACUGACUAAAUAGGAUUUAAGGUAUUACAGCUGCAGCCUUUACAGACUUCCUUGCUAUGCAAAUGAAGGGAGCAGUUCAGUUCAUUUAAUUGGAUUGGGCAAGAUAACUUCUAGGAUUUUUCCCUACAAAUUUAAUUUGAAUGUUAAUUUUCUUUGCAGUGAGCAUUCAAGGCUUCUUAUUUUGGUAGGAUUUUAAGGCAACCAGCUUAAGCCCUAUUUUUGUCCUGUUUGGCUUACCUUUUUAAAGCAGUUUUGUGGAAUUGACUAUCGGUCUUUGACUUCCAAAAUGAUGAAGCGUGUUUGUUUGAUUUUCAGCAAUAGUAAGAUUACUCUGGACAAGGCUAAAAUCCAAUAAAUUCAGACUGUUAUCAACCGAAACCGCUGUAAAUGAGGAAUAUUGCCAAUAUUUAAACACUGGGGAUUCCUUGUAAUCUGUCUUUAGUAAUAGGAAAGCAGCAGUAGUGUUUGUCCUGUCUGUAUUGCUCCAUUACUAGCAAAAGCUAUAAUAAAAGCUUAUAAUAAAAGCAAGAAUUUUUUCUUCAGCCAUUGUCUUUGGCCCUCCUAAUACUUGCAGCAGCUGAGAUGGUUUUGGCUAACCUAAAGAGGCCCGAGGCUGGCUUCAGAUUCUUUUCUUGAACAUCCAAAGACACAUUUGCCAUACUGAGAAAUUUGUAUGGAACCGGGGUUCUCUGAAUAUGUCCAUUGUGCAGUCCCCUGACAUCCACUCUUUUUCUUUUCAAUUGUGGUGGUUGUAAAGUCAGGCACCAGACGUCUCCAGACGAGACUGGUGUAGAAGAGCCAUCCCUAUAGUCACACUAUGAAAUAGAUCACCAGAUUUGCUGAGGCUACUUACGCCUUUGGGAUGAGGCUGCAGCUACUCGUAACUGAAACCUGUCUGGGUAGGUGCCAUUUCUUCAGGUUGCAUAAAAUACUUGUGUGGUAGGGAUUAUACAGAAUGAAUCCCGCGGUUGGCAUUACAUAUCCUCCUUUAUGUUCAGCAAGGUGGGGUAGAAGAAGGAAGAAGGUGUAGAUGAAAGAUUAGAUUUCUAAAAUGAUACUACCAACUUUCACACUAAACAAGACGAUAAAGCCCAGUGGACAUGGCCAUUUAAGGAGAAAAGCAAGGCGAAAAAGACCAUACCUAACAGAGCUGCUGGCAUCGGGUUAAAGAUUAGUUAGGAAUAUUUGCACUGAACACGCUAGUCAUUGUACAUCUGUAAAAAAAUAAGACUUUAAAAAGUUUUCUUUAGAAAACAUGCUACUUAUUCCAUCUUGAUGGUGAAUCAUAAAAAUAUGUAAAGUUCAGUUUUAAUAUAAAAUUGUAAUUUUGGGGUUAUGUUUGUGUAAUUUUUAAAUAUUUUUUAAUUUAAAUUAGUUUGUAAUUAAGCAACUGAAUGCAAAUGAAUUAAAGCAGUCGGCUUUGUUUGCACUAAUAAGGGACACCACUGUAUAAUGCUGCUAUUCCUUCAGCUGAAAAAGCCUUCUUGAUAAUGCUAGUUGUGCUUCAGCAUCAUUUUAUGUUUAGGAUAUCUUUUAAAUAAAACACUUUUUGGUGACAGUCUAAGAAUAACAUAAUAAACUGCUACAAAAAUAUUUCAAAAGACGUUUAUAUAUGUGCUCAAACAUAUAUAAGAAGUAGUGCCAAUAAGCCAUUCACAAAGAAUGAGUUUCACUGUAUAGGUUUAAUGAAAGCAACUGGAAAAUGUCCGAAUUGUAUUGGCUGAAUUAGAAUGUGUACUGGAUGUCUUUUUAAGAAUACAACUCCGCUUUAGGUUUUUCUUUCCGUUAUAUGCAAUAGAGGUUUUCAGCAAUCUCUAUUCUAACAGUGUGAUCCAAAGGAAACUUUUGGCUUAUAUCUGCCUUUGCACUUUUCAGUAAACACUUCCACUUGCUUAGCAAAAUUGUGCAUACUGUAAAUGUUUGAACAUUGAGAUGUGUUUUAACUAUUUUGUAGAACUGAGCUGGAGAUAAUAAAGCUCUGCUGGAAAAAAAA